UGCAAUGCUGCGAUUUAACACUAUCCACACCGCAGCCUACUACUUCCAGUGAUAAAAAACUGCAUCGAUAUUUAUCAGCAUGGUUUAUCUGUGUGAUCGGUGUCCUAUGCGACAGCCAGCAUUCCGGUAGUAGAAGUAUGGCAACAAGUGCGCUUAUAUUCGAUCGGCACUAAACGCUGACACAUUGCCGGUAGUACGGAAUUCGUUGCUGAUAUUUAGCACAAACCGGAUUCUAUUACUAACAUUAUUUCGACAUUUUUCCUGUAAAAUGGCUGAAUUAUUUGAGUUCACCAACACCAACAGCAAUGAUUACUCCAACUAUCUCAACUACCAGCCCGAACCCAAAACCCUGGACGUCACUCCCCGACAGAUCCUGGCCUUGGUGGUGGUGGCGGUGGCCAGUGUCCUGUCCAUCCUGCUAAACAGUAUUUUAUUCUGCGGAUGUCUGCUGGUCCAACGGCCCAAAGUGGGCUUCGAUGUGCUGGUGAUGAAUCUGCUGCUGGUUAACUUUUGUUUAACGGUUUUCAUCUAUCCCUACGACGUGGUCUCCUAUAUUGUCCUGAAUAAGGCCUGGCCUUUCGCUGAAUUCUACUGCCAUGUUAGCACAUUCUUCACAUCGUUCCUCCCAUUUGUUGGCUGCUGGAAUGUCUCUAUUAUGGCACUUCAGCAGUUCUUCUCCCUACUGACCAUGGUGCUCGAUUGUGUGCCAAGUUCGAAAAGCAAGACCACGGCUGUGCUGCAGAAAUUUGCUCCCACGGUCCUGGUAUGGUUACAUGGCUUUGGAAUACACUGUCCUAUAGCUUACUCAUUGUGGACCGUACAAACAGGACCAUUGACGUGUGCCUUGGAAGGUGAAAAUGGAUUGCUUCAUGACAGUAUUUGGUACUUUUGGAUCCCGCUGUCGGCCAGCGUCUUUGGCCUGAUCGCCAUCGUGAUCGUGGCUUUCGCCACACUGACCCGCAUCCCCGCCGUCGAUCAGACCAACCACCACUUCGACCCGGUCGUCCACUGGUCGCAACACAGCCCCACCCAGGUGGACAGCGCCAACGCCUUCUUCGACCCAACCGCGCUGGAUGUCGGCCUGAUUGUGCCCGAUCACGACGAUCAUGAGCCGCCCUCCCCACGGACGGACGCCGAGCGAAAUCCCUACGGAAACCGUAGUACGACGGCACCCGCCGUGGAACCCGUACCGGCGGAGAUUACGUUGCACAGUCUUAAGGUCACCCUGUUACUGACGGGGACGUUGGCGGUGUUCACCGGACCGUAUGCGCUGUUCCUGAUGAUCUUCCAUUUUAACCUGCACAAUCCCGAAACGCCGCUGGAAGUGUGGUUCUGGGAUGUGGGCUUCACGUUGAUGUGCUGCAAAGCGCUGGCCGAACCGCUGCUGCUGCUUAUGUUCGCCAAAUACCGGAAGGCGGCGGCAUUCUGGACCUGGCGCAAGCGCUAACAGUUACGUAAUAUUAAAUGCGAAACUGAUAUUGUGUAAAUACUGGAUGGUUUUUUGGGAGUGUGUGGAACUGUGGAUGCUAUCGAGCUAAAAAUCAAGAUCGCAUUUUUGAAAACCAAAGUCUGUCGAAUUUACGUAGGCACCAUGAAAAAAAAAA